AUGUGGAACUCCCUCAUCUCCAGCCAUGAAUUCGUCAUGCACCACCAUCAACGCUCAACUCAGCCUCGAUUAGUAUAUUGUAGUUUGGAAUCUGAGGGGACUGACAUCAUGCAUUGCUCUGUAUCAUCUCUUCUUUAUAAUAAUGAGCUUCAACCAACUACAGUUGAGCCACUUCAGAUGAAAUACAAAACCAUUCAGGGAUCUUGCAACGCGUUGCUUUGCAUGGGUGAAGGUCUUCCCUAUAAAAUUCUAACGUUGUUCAAUCCUUGUAACCGUUCAGUAUCCCUAACCGUUCCAUUCGAGUACCCCGGCGGCAAGUAUCGACAACCUGUAUUUCGUGGCUUAGGGUAUGAUGCCCUACGUGACAAGUAUAAGUUUGUUACGGGUUCUAAGUCAUCUACUGUAGCUGCCGGUGGUUUGAGAGGUAGAGCUAAAGUUUGCACCUUCGAUGCAAAUCCUUCUUGGAAAACGGUUGAUCAUCCCGUGUUUCCAUAUUAUACAUAG